AAAUAAUUCAUUUCAAGUUCUUCCUAAAAAUUACCAAUGAAAUCAUAUGAAUACAACUUUAUUUAUUCAUCGCGAUCAGAUUAAAAGUCCAUAAAAAAAUUAAGCCGUCAAAAUAGAUCGUGGUUUUAUUUCUAAUAGUUUCUAUUUUAUUGAUUAGUUAGGACAAUGAUCAAACUUUUCUCAUUAAAACAACAAAAAAAAGAUGAAGAAGGUUCGGCAAGAGCUGGAGGUUCACAAAAAAAGGCAUCAGCUGCACAAUUGCGAAUCACAAAAGAUUUAAAUGAGUUAAACCUACCCAAGACUUGCAGUACAGAGUUUCCAGAUCCAGAUGAUUUACUUAAUUUCAAACUAAUUAUAUGCCCAGACGAAGGCUUUUAUCGAGGAGGCAGAUUUGUAUUUAGUUUUAAGGUAGGGCCAAACUAUCCUCAUGAGCCGCCUAAAGUGAAGUGUGAAACAGCAGUAUAUCAUCCCAACAUAGACUUGGAAGGCAAUGUGUGUCUGAACAUACUCAGGGAAGACUGGAAACCAGUGCUCACUGUUAACUCCAUAGUAUAUGGCUUACAGUAUUUAUUCUUGGAACCAAAUCCAGAAGACCCCCUUAACAAGGAAGCUGCAGAUGAGCUGCAAAGUAACCGAAGAUUGUUUGAGCAACAUGUUCAGAGAGCGAUGCGGGGCGGUUACGUCGGCUCUUCAUAUUUCGAAAGAUGCGUCAAGUGAACAAACUCAUACACAAUUGUAAAAUAAUGCUACCAAUCCUAUAUAAAUAAAACAAUCUCACGUCUAUGUUUUGUAUUCUAUUUUA